AUUUAUUUUACUCCGCUCUACUUGGUAAAUGUCUACCUUGUUGAAUAAUUAACACCAUAAAUGAUUCUGGUCUUAAGUUGACCGCUUAGGGAACAGCUGAAAAAAUGAUGUUCUUUGCAGCUUUAUUUAGUGUAAACAAUAAAAUGUGUACUGUGAACCGCAAAUAUUGCACAAUUUCACGUGUAAGUUGACUUUCUUUGAACUCUUCUGCGAUACUCUGAUAGUCCACUAGAGGGAGCCAAACACAAAGACAAUCAGCAGCGCUAGAACAGAAUCAUGGUGGAGUCUUUCUAGACUUAUUGGUUUCCAACUUUGCAGCUUAAUGUCACUGAAAUGCAUCAACAACAACAAAAAAUUAAACUGUAGAAUACAUUUGCUUUUUAUAUAUAAUGUUUAUGCUCUGACAUGCAGAAAAUUCACUUUGUGCAGGAUAAAUACGUGAAUGUAAAUACUGGUUUAUAUCUUAAGAGGCGAUACAGCUUAGGACUUCAUCCAAAUAAAGGUGCAGUUCUUUUAUUAGUACAAGACGUUGAAAUACAAUGGAAUUAAGCUACAUCACGUUUUCAAAAUGUAAGCCUAUAUUUGCACAUUAAAGACCAUAUCCGAAUAUGGGCAGAAAAUCAAUUAUUAAACAUGCUUGUCAUGUGAUUCUGUAUUCAAAGCUUUCAGGAAUCUUAUUACUAUUCUCGGAUCACAAAGAAAACGUUCCAGCUACAUGAUCAUAUUGUUUUUACGCCAUAAAUGAUCUUUUCAUCUAUGUUUGUUGAUAGGUUUGCAGUGCGUCUGACAGCUGUACAGCGACUCCAUCAAUGCGCCGUACCCGCGCGCUCAAACCUCACGAGACAGAUGUUUUCCUCUCUGAUGAGGAGCGCGCGACCGCCGUUGUAAGCAGCUGCGGGAGUUUCGUGCGACACCAGCGCGUGGCGCGUGGGUCUCGUGGACUCCGCCAGGGUUGGUAAUUAGAGAGCAGGUGUGACCGCUUCACAAAGCUGCCACUCUGCCGCGAGUUUUUAUUUUUCUGCCGUGUGUCCACACCGCGUUCAACAUCUUCUGUCAGGUGUGACAUUCUUGGAGUACCUCACUGGACCCACAGCCGAGAAGAUGACAGACCCAUCCCCGCCAGACUCCACCGCCGUCCCGGAGCCGGCUGUUGGUGCGGACCCCACGGAGGUGAACGGCCAGUGCGAGCAGACGGACCACAGCGCUGAAAGUCAGGGAAAGGGUUUCAAGAUGGAUCAGGAGAUGACGAUAACAGAGAGCAUAGAGGAUCGAGGUCUUCUGGAGAGCAGUAUGCGCCUGAAGCCUCAAGAAGCACAGAGCUACCGCAAGAAAGCUAUCUGGGUGUCCUGGGUGUCCAUCGUGGCCACCAUAAUCCUGGCUAUUGCUGCUUUCACUGUGUCCAUUAUGCGCCACAGUGCCUCUGCUUUUGGAUUUGCUUUCGACGCCACGCUGGAUGUGCUGUCCUCUGUCAUCGUGCUGUGGCGCUACAGCAACGCAGCAGCUGUGCAUUCGGCGCACCGCGAAUACAUAGCUUGUGUGAUCCUGGGUGUGAUCUUCAUCCUGUCCUCCAUGUGCAUUAUAGGAAAGGCCAUCCAUGACCUGGCCACCAAGCUGCUGCCUGAAGUGGACGACUUCCUGUUCAGCGUAUCCAUUGUCAGCGGCUUGGUGUGUGUCAUCCUGGCUGUGAUCAAGUUCAUGCUUGGCAAAGUGCUCACCAGCCGAGCUCUUGUCACCGAUGGAUUCAACUCUCUGGUCGGAGGGAUUAUGGGGUUCUCCAUCCUCAUCAGUGCUGAAGUUUUCAAACAUGAGCCCAAGGUGUGGUACCUGGAUGGAACAAUAGGGGUCCUCAUGGGCCUCAUCAUCCUCGCCUAUGGAGUCAAGCUGCUGCGGGACAUGAUCCCCCGGGUCAGACAGACCAGGAACUACGAGCGCUUUGAGUGAUGGGUCACAGAGGAAACACGGGGGACUGACAGGACGGGGGGGGGGACAGUAGAGACGCUCCCUACUGCCUAUCCACAGACAGUCACACUCAGUCCUCAAGCGGAAGACGUCUGUCUGCCAAAGACUGAACUGAGGAUCUGAAGCGAAGGGGAACGGUGACAAUGGAUGAAACCUUUGGGACUUUCUAUGUGUUUUACUGUUCAGUGUACAUACAGUCUAUCUAAACCUGUCUGGUCGCAGUGAGUCGGUGCUCUGCUUUUUCAUGCCUCUAUUUGUAGUUCUGAGUUUGAGCGGCAGUGUGUUAAAGGCUAAUGGGCCGAGAGUCCAUAGCGGUCAGAGAUUUUAGUUCAGCCAGCUGAUUUAGUGUACCUCAGCUCCAGCUCAUGAUGCUGUAACAACAGCAGAUUAUUUGUCCCAUGGUUCCUGGAGGCCUUCGCUCAGCUGUGCUAUAAAAUGUUGCAGUGCAUCAGCUCGAACUGAUUGAUGUAGCAGCUCUGUAUUACCAGAGAUUUACUUUUUUUAUGACUACAGGGAGGAUAUCAACGGAAGGCCCAUUAGGCAAAGGAAGCAGGUGCGACAUUUUAGCAGCUUUGUUCCAGCUUUCUGAUGCCAGCUUCAUCGUUCAUUUCAGUUAUCAGUUUGGAUGUUUAGUUAUGGCCGGCUCUGCACUGAGUCGUAGACAUAACUACCUUUUUGUUUUUGUUUUGCCAUCCAAAGGUUUCUCAACAUUCCUUGUCAAUAUUCUGUAUUUUUCCUGACUCAAAUUUCCUCAUUUCUCAUUCCUUUCCAGCUUGUUGUUGAAGUAUGAAUACAAAGUUUCUCUAUUCAUUUACGGUCGAUAGUUCUACAGAAGUCAGGCUUUACAGAUGGAUGGACAACUGGAAAUAUGAUAUGGAUAUAUGCCAGACAGAUGGACGAAACAUUUAUGCAGUGGGACAGGAAAUUGUAAUAUUUUUCCCCACUGUAUAUAUAUAUAUAUAAAAAACACCAACUACUCACUAAAGCACAAAUGUUCUGUUUUAGUUCAGCUUCAUUAGGACACCUGGUGUUUUCUACCUCCUGUGAUAUAAAGUGUUGGUUUAUCUAGCUGGUUUGCUUUGUACUCCUGAAGGUGGUCAAAUGUAUUUCUGUUCAGCUUUAGUUGUCUCAGAGGCUAAAAAAGCAGCAGGUUUGUUUCCUGUUUGGUUUUAACUGGGAAAUGUUUCCCCUAUGAACUGCCAUAAAUUUCCAUUGAUUGCCACACUUAAUACUCUUUUUCCCUGUUUUCCAGAUAGUUAACCGGGUUUGUUGAUUCCCACAUGGUCCAUUGCUACCACUGUGAACUAUAGUACUGUUUUAACACAACGAUCUGGAUUCAGUCAGGUUAGUAGUAAAGACUCUACUGUAGGGCACAUUUCAGUCUUGCUGCCUGAUAAACCUUCAUGACUGAUUGACUGAGGUUUCAGUUUAACUGUUUUAUUGCCUGACCACAGGUUAGUAAAUCUGGUGAAUCUGAAACUAACCCAGCAGACCAGUUCAUAAAGUUAUGAUUUCCCAGGCUGUAGUUACAUUGGCUUUGGCAUAAAGUAAGAAUGCAAGUUCAAAUUUACUGUUCUGGGCAGCCACCAAGUCAAUAUGUAUCCCAAUUAUUUAUCAGGAGCUCCCUUAUCACAAGCUGCAGUUUGCAUUGGGAUUUCAAUGGGCUGCUCCUAGUUUAACGAUGACGCGGUAAUAAAACUUGAUGUUUUUUCAUGUCGAACAAUUACUACCCACCUGACUGGGAAUAUUUCGUCCUGAUUGACAAGAUCUGGUUAAUCAGGACCUUAUAAAACCUUUGCUUUGAACUGUUAUUUCUAUCUGUGCUCAUAUUUAAAUCUAAAGCCUUAAUUUUGCUAAUCAGUGAAAUGUAAACAUUAUUAGCAAGUUUAAUCUGUUGGAUGUGAUUGUCAGGUUACAGCAGGGUCCAGGAUAUUGGUUUUUUUUUUAUGGACUUUUCUUAGGUCUGUACUUGCUGCAGUGGUUGUAAAUGAACUCUAUGCUUUGAUGCUAGUUUUUAUUAUAUGCAACCAUCUGAUAUUUUCUUUUUUAACUUGAUUUCAAAAUGAAUCCAUCUUUCAUUGCAUUAGUAUAAUCUCACCCUGAAAACAAAAACCCAACUUUUAAUCAAGUGCAUUUAUUCAGUGGAAAAUAUUCAAUGUUAUGACAAAUGUUUGCAUAAUAAAUGUAACAGAAGCAUUUAAAAAAUUUGUCUCCAUAUCAACCAUUGUGUGCCACCUAUUUGGAGGAGAUGGCUAUAAAAUGCUUUUUCUGUCCUACCAUCACAAACGUAAACGCUGCUUCUGAUUCUCAGUCGUCCAAGUGUUUUAAGAAGCAGGCAGCUGGAUUUCUUUUUUAAAGAUUUUUUGGCACUAGUGGCCUUUAUUUUAAUUUUAUUUUUUUGACAGUAGGCAGACAGGAGAGAAGGGUAGACAUUCAGCAAAUGUCGCCGGGUCCGAGCCUCGAACUCGGGACGGCCGCUUUGAGGACUGUAGCCUCUGUAUAUAGUUGCACGCUUAACCCCUACACCAUCAGCGCCGCACCCAUUUCUUUUGUUUCUUGAAGACGUUUUACUUCUCGUCCAAAAGGCUUCUGCAGUUCUGAACAUGCCUGGAUGUAAUGGGCUCUAACACACUAAUGGGGAAAUUAGGACAUGCGAGUCCCUUGCUCUACCUUUUAUUCAGCUCAAUAUUUGGGUCUGUUGUAGCAUUAUGGAUAAAAUCUGUUGGAAAUGCUGUUUUCAAAACAGUAAUGGCUGAGGAACUCAGUGUAGUGACUGUUUUUGCAGAAGUAAUCCUUCAAGUUAAUUUCUGAGCCUUUUUUACCGUUUUAAAUCUUGUGGCUGGCUGGUCACACAAACCUGCAUGGCAUUUUCUUUUAAAUACUAGGAGAUUUUAAGCAAAUAUAUCUGGUGGCCUCCGCCAAUAAAUGCCAUUGGUUCUUUUGGCAGGAUAAAGAUCCAAAACAUUCUGUCUGAAAUGGUUAACCAGACAGAAAAACAAUUUUCCUCCAUGGUCAUCUCAGUCCGCACACUUGAAUCCUACAGAAAACAUGCGGGCUGAGCAAAGAGUAGAGAGGACCCAGGACUGUGGGCGAUCCAGACAAACUGCGCACAAGUGGUUUUACAAUUUGACAGCAAUGGCUGCAGUAAUGGUUACUUAACUUGAAGAAUAAAUGCACACUAAGUAAAGAACAGAGUUUUUAAACAUUUCCAGUGUGAUUAUACUACUGCAAUAAAAUAAGGAUUUAUUGUCAGGCUUUUUCCAUGGCAUUGUAUGAAGUACUGAGAAACAUCAGAAGUUAGCUUCAGCCUGAAGCAUCCUAAACACUGACUUUAGAGCACACACUGAGGUAGAGGCUGCUCCUCAGCCUGCAUUAACUGUAUGUUUCUGUGUAAAUACUGAGUGUACCGUCCUGUGAUGUUAAAGAAAGCCAGAACCUGAGCCGUUUGUCACAGAAAAAAGAUUUAUUUAAAAAUAAAGCCGUUUCCCUCAGUGAGAACAAA